AUAUAGGCGGCGUCCGCUGGAAACACCUAGCGCAGGUAAAAGGGUGGCGGCGAGAGGGAGUGUCCAUUUGAGGCCCUCUUAAAGAAAUGAAGACUUAAGAAAACAGCAAGGAGGGGCCGAUCCGUGUCUUUCAGACGCCUGGAGCCCCACCCUGGAGCUGGAGGAAAAGCCCCUUGGUUGAGAGGCUGAGGCUUCAGAGAAACUGAGAAGAAAAGCGCCUCUCCGCGCGCUCCGCCUCCUCGGCCUCGCACUCCUGCGGAGCAGCGGCCCAGCCAGCGUCCCGACCCAGCCCUCCCACCCGGCCUCCCCGCGCCUGGGCAGGCGACCUGUCGCCGAGUGCUCUCCAUGGCGGCAGCGCGAGCCACCGGCUCCUGGAGCGGAGCGCUCUGCGGGCAGCUGCUGCUGACCCUCACGAUCUUAACAUUUGCCUGCCAUGCCUGUAAAAACGUGACCCUCCAUGUUCCCUCCAAAUUAGAUGCUGAGAAAUUUGUUGGGAGAGUUGACCUGAAGGAAUGCUUUAAAUCUGCAAAUCUCAUUCGUUCAAGUGACCCUGAUUUUCAAAUUUUAGAAGAUGGUUCAGUCUACACAACAAAGGCAAUUCUUUUGUCUUCGGAGAAGAGAAGUUUUACCAUUUUGCUUUCCAACACAGAGAACCAAGAAGAGAAGAAGAUUUUUGUCCUUUUAGAGCAUCAAACAAAGGUCCUAAAGAAAAGGCAUUCUAAAGAAAAAGUGCUAAGACGCGCCAAGAGAAGAUGGGCUCCCAUUCCUUGUUCCAUGCUAGAGAAUUCCUUGGGUCCUUUCCCGCUUUUUCUUCAACAGGUACAAUUUACUUUCUUUCUGCUGUGGAUUCCAUCUCUUAAAACUUUUGACACUGAUCAGUCCUAUAAUGAGGAAGAUGCUGUUUACUUUUUCUGUAUUUCGCUUUCUUUACAGAUAAUUGCCUUCGCCACAACUCCAGAUGGGUACACUCCAGAACGUCCAUUGCCGCUACUGAUCAGAGUAGAGGAUGAAAACGAUAACCACCCAAUUUUUGUAAACACAACUUACAUUUUUACAGUUUCUGAAAAUUGCAGAGUUGGUUCUACUGUGGGACAGGUGUGUGCGACGGAUAAUGAUGAGCCAGACACCAUGCACACACGCCUCAGGUACUCCAUCAUCGAGCAGUGGCCAGCGUCCCCCACCCUGUUUUCUAUGCAUCCAAAGACAGGUGUGAUCACCACGACGUCAUCUCAGCUGGACAGAGAGUUAAUUAGUAAAUACCAAUUGAAAAUAAAAGUACAAGACAUGGAUGGUCAAUAUUUUGGCUUGCAGUCAACUUCAACUUGUAUCAUUAAUAUUGAAGAUGUGAACGACAACUUACCAACAUUCACCCGUACUUCUUAUGCAGCAUCGGUGGAAGAAAAUACAGUUGAUGUGGAAAUCUUACGUGUUACUGUUGAGGAUAAAGAUUUAGUGAACACUGCUAAUUGGAGAGCUAAUUAUACCAUUAUAAAGGGCAAUGAGAAUGGGAAUUUUAAAAUUGUAACCGAUCCCCAAACCAAUGAAGGAGUUCUGUGUGUAGUUAAGCCACUGAAUUAUGAAGAAAAACAACAAGUGACCCUACAGAUUGGCGUACUUAACGAGGCUCCCUAUUCCAGAGAGGUGAGUUCCAGAUCAGCCAUGAGCACGGCCACAGUCACGGUUAAUGUGAAAAAUCAGGAUGAGGGGCCUGAGUGUAGCCCUCAAACACAGACUAUCCGAAUUAAAGAAAACGCUCCGGUGGGAACAACAAGCCAGGGGUAUAAAGCAUAUAUCCCCGAAACAAGAAGUAGCAGUGGCAUAAGGUAUAAAAAAUUAAAUGAUCCCAAAGGGUGGGUCACUGUUGAUGAAAAUUCAGGAUCAAUCCAAGUUUUCAGAAGCCUAGACAGAGAGUCAGAGACUGUCAAAAAUGGCAUAUAUAAUGUUACAGUCCUUGCAUCAGACCAAGCUGGGCGAACAUGUACUGGGACGCUGGGCAUUAUCCUGGAAGAUGUGAACGAUAACAGCCCAUUCAUACCUAAACAGACAGUGGUGAUCUGCAAACCCGUCAUGGCAACCGCGGACAUCGUUGCCAUUGACCCUGAUGAACCUAGACACGGCCCACCCUUUGAGUUCACUUUGGAGAGUUCUGACCCAGAAAUUCAGAGGACGUGGAGACUGGGAAAAAUUAAUGAUACAGCAGCACGUCUUUCCUUUCUGAAUGAUCCUCCAUUUGGACAAUACAAUAUACCCAUCCGGGUUGCAGAUAGAUUUGGCCGGGCUAGAACUAAUUCACUGGCUGUUAGGUUAUGUGACUGUAUUACCGAAAAUGACUGCUCGUUCCGUGCAGAUCCACGCGUUGGCGGAGGAGAAGUAAAACUUGGCAAAUGGGCUAUCCUUGCAAUAUUGUUGGGCAUAGCAUUGCUAUUCUGUAUCCUAUUUACAUUAGUCUGUGGGGCUUCUAGGGUCCCCCCAAAACCAAGUGCCUUUCCUGAUGAUUUAGCCCAGCAGAACCUAAUUGUGUCAAACACAGAAGCCCCUGGAGAUGACAAAGUGUAUUCCACGAAUGGCUUCACAACACAUGCCGUGGGCGCCUGUGCUCCGGGAAUUUGUGGUACCGCAGGAUCAGGAGUCAAAAGUGGAGGGCAGGAAACCAUCGAACUCGUGAAGGGAGGGCAGCAGACCCUGGAGCCCUGCCAGGGAGCUGGGCACCAUCACACCCUGGAUUCCCGAAGGGGAGGACACGUGGAGGUGGACAACUGCAGAUACACUUACUCCGAGUGGCACAAUUACACCCAGCCCCGUCUCGGUGAAAAGGUGCAUUUGUGUAAUCAAGAUGACAGUCACAAGCACGCUCCAGACUACGUCCUGACCUACAGCUAUGAAGGGAAAGGGUCAGCGGCCGGCUCUGUAGGCUGUUGCAGUGAAGGCCAAGAGGAAGAUGGGCUGGAAUUUUUGGAUCAUUUGGAACCCAAAUUUAGGACCCUAGCAGAAGCAUGCCUAAAAAGAUGAGCGUGUUCUAAACAGUCUACAAAAGACAGUGGCUUCAUCAUCUUUUCUUUUUGUAAUUACAAACCGGGAUUGCUUAAAAACA